CCGCAAACUGGCCUUAUAGAAGCUUCUCAUUGCCCUUGAUUACAGCUGGUGAUUAUGACCUGGUCGAACCUACUACACCCUUGACUCAUCAAAUUACCUUCGUGCAUGCGCGUUUUGUACUCACAGCUGCGGUGUGUGGUGGUGCCGUUCAUACCGGCACACUCGGCUGCCUACAAUCUGUUGGUGGUUACGCUAUAUGCUUGGAAAUUUGACCGGACAUUUUACCUUUCGAUACUAAGUUGGCGUAAUCAACGUUAAACAAGGGUGUGGAGAACUUCAAACAAACUGCGUCCUACGGUUUAGGUAACCACAAUGGGGGUCGGCGACGACAUAGCCCCACGCUUUACGCAAAAACCGGCGUUAAAGCAAGAAGACAAUGGCAACCGCCUUGUCUUCCAUUGCAUCCUGGAGGCGAAUCCCAAACCGGAAGUCUCAUGGUUCCGAGGUACCACUCCCCUCAACCCCAGCGACCGGCUCCGUAUGCAGGUCGUUCCCGCUGGCGGCAAUGCCUACAAUAUUCUUAUGGAUAUUAACCAUGUGACCCAGGAUGAUGGAGGAAUGUACAAAGUCAACGCUAAGAAUCGCCUUGGGGAAGUUUCGGCCUCCAUCAAUUUAAAUUUUAGUGCGGGUCAGAAAAAAGACCAAGAUGGUAUUGCUCCCAACUUUGUCCAGAAACCUGUAACGAGGCAAGAGGAUAAUGGUAAAAAGUUGAUAUUUGAGUGCAAGUUAACUGCAGACCCAAAACCUGAUAUAGUAUGGGCCAAGGAUGGAGAGCAGAUAAAACCAUGGGGUCGUUAUGCAUUGAAAUGCUUACCAGAUGGACCAAAAAAUGCCAAUAAAUAUAUGGUGGCCUUGGAAGUAAAAGGAGUUACAGCUCAGGAUGCAGGAAAUUACACAGUUACGGCAAAAAAUGCUCUGGGAGAGAGCAAUGCUAACAUUAAGCUCAAUUUUGACAGUCAAGAGCCACAGGGUAAGGGGACGCGGCCAGUGUUUACCCAGAAACCAGCUAUCAGACAAGCAGGAGAGAAGAUCAUCAUCGAGUGCUCACUUACGGCUGACCCUGCCCCCAAUCUCACCUGGUACCGCGGCAAUAACGUGAUUAAUGCAGGAGGACGGUACAAAAUGAUUUUCACAGGGAACGGUCCAGCAUACAAUGUAGGACUGGAAAUUGACAAAGUCGGUGUGAAUGACGGAGGGGAGUACAAAGUUGUGGCCAAAAACAGUGCUGGAGAGGCCAAUGCUAAUAUCACACUCAACUUUGAAGGUGGCAAGAAAGCAAAAGCUCCAGAUGGGAAAGCACCUCAUUUUUUACAAAAACCAGCCAUUACACAACAGAAGAAUUUACUUAACAUGACAUGUUCAUUAGAAGCUAAACCUGCUCCUCAGAUCCGGUGGUUUAAGGAAACAACAGAAAUCAAAGCUGGAGGCAGAUUUGCAAUGACAUGUGAUAAAGAAAAGGGAAAAGAAGAUACAUAUAAACUAAUGCUUACAAUCAGGGACCCAAAACCAGAAGAUGGUGGCUCAUACAAAUGUACAGCUGCCAAUGAACUGGGGGAAUCAAAUGCAAAUAUUGCACUUAAUUUUCAGGGGGGAGAAAAACCUGAGAAAAUUCCAGGGGGCAUUGCACCAACGUUUAAGGAGAAACCUAAGGUUGUACAAGACCCCAGUGGGAAGAAACUGACCAUUGAGUGUAAAUGUACAGCCAACCCUCAGCCCAACCUCACCUGGUACAAGGGAACAACAGUUCUGAAGGAAGAUGCCAGGCACAAAAUGAGGAUGGAGAAAAACAACAAUGAUUACAACCUUUAUCUAGAUAUUAUGAAUUUUACAAAAGCAGAUGGUGGACAAUAUAAAGUCACAGCCAAGAAUGACAUGGGUGAAGGCAAUGCGAAUAUUAGCUUGAAUUUAGAAGGGCCCAAAGAAGCUCCACCAACAGUUAUAGGCAAGCCUGUUAUAAAGCUGGAGGAUAAUAACACAAGGGCUGUUGUGGAAAUCAAAGUGAAGGCAGUCACGAAACCAACUGCAGACUGGACCUUUGCCAACAAACCAGUCAAGUCUGGAGGUCGCUACUUCUUGGAUGUUGCUCAUGAAAAUGGCCAUUAUAUAAUCAUAAUGGAAAUAGAAAAUAUAAACGAAAAAGAUUCUGGACCUUACAAGUGUCUCAUCAAGAACCCUGCUGGAGAGGUGACUGCCAAUGUCACACUCAACCUCAAGUCCCCAGAGCCAGCUGCUGCUAAGGUCAAAGGUGAUCCUCCAAAGAUAACAGAAAAACUAAUUCCUCAGGUUGUCACAGAUGGGGAUCCUGUGGACUUUGUUGCCAAGGUAACAGGAACUGAACCUCUACAGGUGAAGUGGUCAAAAGACGGGAAGGAACUUAAACCAUCUAAGAUCUACAAUAUUUCUUAUGACAAAGGCACAUGCAGACUUCAUUUCCCAGAGAUAUUUCCAGAGGAUGCAGGGAAAUAUACUGUGGAAGUUAAAAAUCAGUUUGGGACUGCUAAUGCUUCAGCCAGUCUUCAAGUUAAUGUGCCUCCACCUCAGCCUGAGGAACUGAAGAAGCAGCAGCCUGCACCAAAAACGAAAAAGGACGAGAAAAAGAAACCGGCAGAUAAACCAGCUGAUGAAGGUAAAACGGGUAACGAGAAAAAAAAUGAAGAUAAUAAAAACAAUCCUCCAUCUUCUAAGGCAGCAGCAGAGACCAGGAAACAGCAGCCAUACAAAAAACAACCCACAACAAUUUUGGAGGAAGGAAGCUCCGAAGAGGAGGAGAAGGAUGGCUAUGAGGCCGACGACGACAGACCCUCAUUCCAUAUAGAAGAUGUUGAUGAUGACGGUAAAGCAAGUAUGGACAAGGCUGGCUAUGAAAUGGAGGGACCACGACGAAUGUCCAAGUCCAAGCCUUCUGCAGAUGGCCCGAAGAUCCGCGACAAGCUACAAAAUCAGGUUAUUGUGGAGGGUGAGCCAUUAAACUUUACUGUGAAUAUUGAUGGUAAAACCAUGCCGGGUGUGAAGUUCUUCAGGGCUGGUCGGGAGCUCCGUGAGGACACCCGCACAGCUAUCGUUCUCGAUGAGAAGAAUAAGACGGCAACACUUAAAAUCAAAAAGACGCGCACCACAGAUGAGGCCAAAUAUACGGUAAACCUGGAACAGGGCGGAGCUGUCACCGACUCGGGAACCUUCAGUGUCUUUAUUAAAGACCCCAAGGAUUCCAGUCUGGAUUUCAGAGCACUGUUAAAGCACAGGGAUGUGAAGAAGCAGGAAGAGGAAGAAGAUGACCUGGACUGGGGGCAGCUCAAACCAGAGGGGCAGGGAAUGGAGAGAAAGCGGCGACUGUCACAGAUCGAGCUGACAAAGAUGAACCUGAAGAAAAUCCAGGGAGAGGACAGUGAUAGUGAUUCUGAACGAGGGACUCAUGGAAAGCUUGAGCGACAUGGCGCAGAACAUGCUGAUAAGAAACGAACUUCCGUGGAUCAUCAAGACAAAGAGAAGGAGCAGCAGCGUAAACUGUCCGUGGAGCAGGCUCCUGAGAUCCCCAUCAUGAAAGUCGACCAGGAGAAGUUAGAGGUGAUGGAGGAACAGCGACGUCGCAUGUCGCAGCAAAUGUCGCAGCGUAGAACUUCCCUGGCUGAUGUCAUCCCUGACUGGCCAACCCUCCAAAAGAGGGCUAAGAAAACUGAGGCUCCAGAGCAAUUCGUGAAGGAGUUAGAAGACCAGAGAGCCAUGGAGGGCAAGGACAAAGUGGUUUUCAUGUGUAAGUUCUGCAAACCCAAUGCUAAGGUGCGCUGGCACAAGAACAAAUUAGAGAUCUUUCACAGCCAUCACUACCAUUUCGUACAGAACGGGGAUGAGCUGAUGUUACAGAUCAACAAAGUGAUGCUGGAAGAUGGAGGCAAAUACACUUGCCAGUGUAAUGAUGUGAAGACGUCUGCCUGGCUCUAUGUUGAUGCCAAAGAACCAGACUAUUACUUCACACAGAAGUUGCCUCAGCAUUAUGAAGUCAAGAAGAAGAAGGACUGCAUGCUGGAAUGUUUCGUGUCUGAUCCCAGGGCAAGAGUGAAAUGGCGCAAAGGUGGAGAACCUCUAGAGUAUGUUCCUGGCAAAUUUGAGAUGUCUCGUCGUGAGAACCGCUGUAUCCUGAAGGUGAGAAAUGCAGAUGAGAGUGACGAAGGAGAAUUCAGCUGCCACUGUGGAGAAGCCACUACACAGUGUGAUCUCUAUGUGGAAGAUCCUGAUUGGGACUUCACAACUGGGCUGGAUGAUAUUGAGGCAGUAGAAAAAGAAAAUGCCAAGUUCAGCUGUGAGGUGAACGAUCCCCAAGCUGAGGUGGAGUGGUUUAAAGGAAAAACUGCCAUCAAACCAGGAGAUAAAUAUGAGAUUCAGAGUGAUGGUUUGAAGAGGGUUUUGGUGGUGAAAGGAUGUAAAGCCAAGGAUGAAGGCACUUACACCUGUAAAUGUCUGGAGAAGUCCACCAACGGAGAGCUGUUUGUGGAACCUGAUGUAAAGUUCCUGAAGAAGCUGCAAAAUGCCACAGCCAAAGAGGAUGAUAAGGUGACCCUGGAGUGCCAGGUGGAGAACCCUCACAAACAACCUGUUAAGUGGCUCAAGGACGGCAAGCCUAUCAGGGAAGGCAUGAGGGUUACAAUUGAAUCUGACCGCUGGGGAAAACAGAGGCUCAUCAUGGAAGGCCUGAAAAAGGCUGAUGCAGGAACCAUUGUGUGUCAAGUAGGGGACAGGAAGAGCACCUGUAUUCUCACUGUCCAGGAAAAACCAAAACCACCUAAGGUUGAUAGAGAUGCUAUCCCUAAGAAGAUAACUGUCAAGAAAGGGGAAAAUAUCAACUUGGAUAUUCCUUUCAUUGCUGUACCUUCACCCACUGGAGCCUGGAAGAAAGAUGGUGCUCCGCUGAAUGCCGCUGACUACGACAUGGAGACGACUGAUGAUCACUCAGCCCUGCGUAUCCCUGAUGCCCAGCGAGAUGACCGUGGUGUCUACGAGGUCACACUAACUAACGAAGCUGGCAGUGAGGUUGUGCCCAUUGAGGUUGAGGUGCUAGAUGUUCCCUCUCCCCCUGUGGGCCCCCUGGAUGUGAUGGAUGUGUAUAGCGACCGUUGCGCCCUGAUGUGGGACAAGCCAAAGGAUGACGGUGGCAGCCCUAUCAAACACUAUGUGGUGGAGAAACAGGACACCAGCACAGGCAAUUGGGAGAAGGUGGCCGAGACUAAGGAGCUCGAAUGUGAUGUUCUCGGCCUCAAAGAAGGCCAUAAGUACAAGUUUAGGGUGAUGGCCGUGAAUGAUCAGGGCAAAAGUACCCCGCUGACAUCAACAGAUGAAACUCUGGCCAAGGAUCCAUGGGAUCCAUCUGACCCACCUGGAACACCUGAGGUGAUAGAUUAUGACAAGAACCAUGCUGAACUGGCCUGGGCCCCGCCCAAAAAUGACGGCGGCGCUCCAAUCACAGGCUACAUCAUUGAGGCCAGAGACAAGGACACCAACAAAUGGAGAAAAGUUAAGGAGGUCCCUGCUGGUGAGACGGAGGCUAUGGUGACGGGUCUGGAGGAGGGUAAGCCUGUGGACUUCAGAGUGACAGCUGUGAACAGAGCUGGUCCAUCAGAGCCUAGUGAGGCCUCACCUACCAUCUCACCCAAGUCCAGGAAAGUCAAACCCAGGAUCAUGUCCAAGAUGAAUGACAUUAGAGUAAAGGUGGGACAACCAUUCAAGAUUGAUGUGGAGUUCAUUGGUGAGCCUCCACCCCAGGUGGAAUGGACAGUCACUGGCAAGGAUGGUAAAACAAAGCCUCUGGAGAUAGGAGAUAUAAUGACAAUGACAAAGUCAGAGAAGCAGUCCACAGUGAGCAAUCAAGACAGCAAACGGGCUGACACUGGUGACUACACCAUCACCGUCUCUAACAGACACGGCUCUGAUACAGCCAAGGUCAACGUGGUCGUGCUGGGCCCACCUACCCGCCCUGGUGGACCUUUGGAAGUGAAAGAUGUGAAGAAAGACAGCAUGGUACUUCACUGGAAGCCCCCAGAGGAUGAUGGAGGCAAUGAAAUCACAGGUUACAAGGUGGAAAAGUAUGAUCUAGACAAGGGUAAAUGGGAGAAGGUGGCUGAUAACUGUAAGGGAACAUCAUGUUUGGUUCCCAAGCUGCAAGAAGGACACAAAUACCUGUUCCGUGUGGCUGCUGAGAAUGCCAAUGGUCCCAGCAAGCCUCUGGAGACAGAGGAUCCUGUCACUGCCAAAAAUCCAUUUGAUGAGCCCCAUCCUCCUGGUCAGCCAACUCCUGUCUCUCAGGGGCGUGACCACAUCACCAUCAAGUGGGAUCCCCCAGAGAAAGAUGGUGGGGCACCUAUCAUUGGCUAUGAUGUGGAGAGGAAGGACCCCAAGAGCAAUCGCUGGGUCAAAGUAACCAGAGAUCCUGUAGAGGAGCCUGAGUUCACUGAUGAGAAGGUGGUAGAUGGGAAGGAGUACGAGUACAGAGUCACUGCUAUCAACGCAGCAGGACCUUCAGAUCCUAGUAUUGCUUCUAAACCUAUCAUUGCUAAACCCACCAAAGAGAAGCCAAAAUUGAAUCUGGACAGUUUGUUUGGCGCAAAGGAGAUCCGUAUCCGAGCUGGGGAACCUCUGAACAUCAACCUGGGCGUGUCUGGCACACCUCAGCCCACAGCCGACUGGAGCAGAAACGGCAGGAGCAUUCCCAGCAAUGCUGUAACCACCAUUGAUGAGAAAGAAGCUAAGCUGAACAUCCCCAGGGCUGUUCGUGGUGACACAGGGAAAUACGCGAUCACAGUCUCCAACCCAUCAGGCUCUGACACCGCUGAGGUCAAUGUGGUGGUCCUUGACAAACCAGGACCCCCAGAAGGGCCUCUGACUGUAUCCGAUGUGACAGCUGAGACGGCUAAACUUACCUGGAAACCUCCAGAGGAUAAUGGAGGCGCAGAAGUCUCAGGUUAUGUUGUUGAGAAAUGUGAAGUGGGAUCUAACUUCUGGGAGAAAGUACCGGGUGUUGUCAAUGGCACAUCUCACACUGUCAAACGUCUGGAUGAGGGCAAGAACUACCACUUCCGUGUGAGAGCUGAGAACAUUUAUGGCCUUGGAGAUCCCUUGAUUACUGAGAAGGCUACAACUGCCAAAAAUCCAUUUGACCCCCCGGAUGCUCCAACUGGUUUGGAAAUAGCUAAAUAUGACAAGAGAUCAGCGUCUCUGAAGUGGAAGCCUCCACUGGAUGAUGGAGGAAACCCCAUCCAGGGUUACCAGGUAGAGAAGCGUGAGAAGGGCCGCGACUGGGUGAAGGUGACCAACUUUCCAGUCAAGGACACAAACUUCACAGUCACAGGUCUUCAGGAGGGACAGGUGGUGGAGUUCAGGGUAGCUGCUAUCAAUGACGCUGGGCCAGGCAAACCCAGCAAAGCCACACCUCAACACACUGUUAGGGAUCCCAUCUUCCCUGCUGGUGCCCCCAACGUUCCUAAUGUUGAUAAGAUUACCAAGAACUCAGUGACUCUGUCCUGGGCCAAGCCUGUGAACGAUGGCGGCACUAAGAUCUUGGGGUAUGUUGUGGAAAAGAAGACAAAGGAUGGUGACUGGGAAGAGGUGAACCUGUCCCCGGUGAAGGACACGACCUACACUGUGCCUAAUCUGAAGGAGGGUGAAGAGUACCAGUUCAGGGUGAGGGCUGAGAAUGCUGCAGGAUCAGGGGAGCCUAGUAGACCCACUCGCCCCAUCAUUGCCGAGGACCAACCUGAUCGUCCUCGGUUGAACCUGCAGGGUGUGCGUGACAUCACAGUGAAAGCUGGACAGCAGUUACAGGUGAAAAUCCCGUUCACCGGUGUGCCUCUGCCUACUGCCACGUGGACACUGGACGGAGAAGAUGUUGAGGCCAAUGCCAAGAGGGCCAUUGAGCUGAAUGAAGACUCAGCCAUAUUGGUUGUGCCCAAAUCCAAGAGAGAGGAUGCUGGUCGCUAUAACCUGACCCUAAAGAAUGCUUCAGGCCAGGACACUGGCAGUGUCAAUGUUAACGUGCUUGACAAACCGUCAGCGCCAUGUGGGCCUAUUACAGCCGAGGACUUCCAUGGUGACAGCCUGACCCUCAACUGGCAGCCGCCAAAGGACGAUGGUGGGGAAAAAAUUACUAAUUAUAUUGUGGAGAAGAAAAAGAAGGGGUCUGGUCGAUGGUCAAAAGUCAGCAGUUUUGUGAAUACACCUAGUUGUCAGGUGAGAAACCUGGAGCCUGGUGAGGAAUAUGAGUUCAGGAUCUGUGCUGAGAACACCCAUGGGGUCAGUGAGCCACUGGAGACCACAGAGCCCAUCAAGGCAAGGUACCCCUAUGAUCCACCUGGCAAGCCAGGGGAGCCCAAAGCCCUGACCACAUCUGAGGACUCAAUCACCCUGGAAUGGACACCACCCAGGAAAGAUGGAGGAGCGCCCAUCAAGGGCUAUGUCGUCGAAAAGAGGGAGAAAGGAACAGAUAAAUGGAUCAAGGCUAAUAUUGGUGAAGUACCGGACACAGAGUACCAGGUGCGUGGCCUGACCAAUGGGAAGGAGUAUGAGUUCCGAGUGGCUGCUGUUAAUGCUGCUGGCCCUGGGGAAUUCUGCGAGACAUCCGAAGCUAUCAAAGCAGGGCCCCCACCAGUGGCUCCAAAGAUUGGUCUGGACUUCUCUGGAAAAGAUAUCAUAGCAGUUGCUGGAAAAGAAUUUAAAAUACCUAUUCCUUUCAAAGGCUAUCCAAUCCCAACCAGCUCAUGGUCAAGGGAUGGAGUGAACAUACCAGAAGGUGACAGGAUUAAAUUUGAAUCAUCACCUGAUCAGAUUGUGUUUAAAAACAAAAAAGCUGAGCGUUCUGAUGCUGGGAAGUACACUGUGACCCUCACCAAUGAGAAGGGCUCUGACACAGCCAUUGUCCAUGUCACAGUUGUUGAUGCACCCAGCCCACCUGAAGGCCCCCUGGAGAUCACCGAUGUCUCACCAGAAGGCUGUACCCUUACCUGGAAACCUCCAAGGGAGGAUGGUGGUUCGCCCAUCACCAACUACAUCGUUGAGAAGCAGGAUCCUCGUACAGGAAACUGGAGCAGUGUCAGUAAGUUUGUACGUGGCACAAACUAUGAGGUUCUGGGACUGACUGAGGGCAAGGAAUACAAGUUCCGUGUGCGUGCUGAGAACAAACAUGGAGUCGGUGAGCCUCUGGAGGCCAGGGAAUCCAUGAUCGCCAAGAGCCCAUUCUCCGUCCCUGAUCCUCCCGGUACCCCAGAUGUCAUUGAUAUUGAUGCGGAUGCUGUCACUCUCUCCUGGACCAGGCCUAAGAGUGAUGGUGGGAAGAAGGUACAAGGGUACAUUGUAGAGAUGAAAGAGGCAGAUGGACGCAAGUGGAAACCUGUCACAGAUUUCCCCGUCAAAGAUAACAUGUACAAAGUGUCUGGUUUGAAGCCUGGUGACUAUGAGUUCAGGGUAAGAGCCAAGAAUGCCGUGGGUCUGAGUGAGCCCAGUGACACCUCAGGAUCUGUUGCACCCAAACCUAAAUUCAGUAAGCCUGGAGCACCUGGUAUGCCAGAAGCUACAAAUGUUGGCAAGACUUACGUAGAUCUGAGAUGGGAGAAACCCCGAUCUGAUGGUGGCAGCAAAAUUACAGGCUAUAACAUUGAGAUGCGUAACAAAGGCACUGAUGAGUGGCGGCGUGUGAACGAUUACCCCAUCCUGGACACGUCCUACAAUGUGGCUCACCUCCCUGAGGGGGCUGAGCUGGAGUUCCGGGUGGCUGCUAUCAAUGCUGCGGGACAGGGAGAACCCAGUAAUGGGUCAGCUGCAAUCAAAGUCAAAGAGAGGAUCAGUGGAGCUCCUCCAGAUUUCAUCAAGAAGAUCUCCAAAGUGUUGGCCCCUAUUGGUGGGCAGGCCCUGUUCACAGCUCAGGUCUAUGGAAAACCUGAACCUACUGUGAAAUGGUACAAGAAUGGUCUAGAGGUUGGCAGUGCUAACAGGAUCCAGGCCAAACAGGAGGGUGACGUGUGCACCCUGUUGGUGAAGGAUGUCUACGAGAAUGACUCAGCUGACAUCACCUGUGAGCUGACCAACCCUCUGGGGCGCCUCUCCUGCUCAGCUAACCUAAAUGUUCUAGGUCUACCGUAUCUAGACAAGGAGCUCAGGGAUCAGAAGAUCAUCUCAGGAGAACAGUUCAAGCUCAAACUGCCUGUCAGUGGCACUGGACCAUUUGAGUUCAAACUGAAAAAGAAUGGCCGGGAAAUUGAAGGAGACGAUCGCCUCAAGUUCUCACCCUUUGAUGAUUUUGUUGUCCUCAAUAUUAAAGAAGCAGAGCGUGACGACACUGGUAGGUACGAGAUAGAAGUGAGCAAUGCCAGUGGGUCUGUCUCUGCACCAUUCCAGCUUAAGGUUGUCAGUCCCCCUGACACACCUCAAGGCCCUCUUAAUGUUUCCGAUAUUACCAAAAACUCGUGCAAACUCCAGUGGAAACCACCCAAAGAUGACGGUGGUGCCAGGGUUACUCAUUACAUUGUGGAGAGGAAGGACAUAACUAAACCCUAUUGGACAACUGUGUCAUCACAGUGCAGAGACAAUAACUGUGAUGUGCAAGGACUGUAUGAAGACAGUCAGUACCUGUUCAGAGUAGCUGCUGUCAAUGAGAAUGGAAACAGCGAGUACCUGGAGGCCAAAAACCCCAUUGUGGCAAAGAUGCAGUUUGAUCCUCCGGAUGCCCCAGGCACCCCAGAAGUUACAGAGGUCGGUGGAGACUUUGUGAGUUUGAACUGGGAGAAGCCCAAAUCUGAUGGUGGUGGUAAAAUCAAGGGUUACUGGAUUGACAAGCGAGAACAUGGUACAGAGAACUGGACCAGAGUCAACCAGCAACCAUGCAUCACCAACAUAUUUAAUAUUCCUAGCUUGAUUGAAGACCGCAAAUACGAGUUCAGGGUGUUUGCCGAGAAUGAGGCUGGUAUGAGCAAACCGUCAUCAGCUUCCAACUCAGUCAAGGUCAAAGAUCCCAAUGCUUCCACUGUACCAGAGUUUGAGUCUGGUGUCAGAAAGAUCCAGGCUGUAGAGGGUAAAACUGCCAGAUUUGAAUGCCAGGUGAAUGGAACACCCAAGCCAGAGAUUCAGUGGUUUAAGGGCAUGCGCGAGCUGUAUGACGGCCCUAAGUAUGAAAUCUUCACGGAGGGGGACAAACAGGUGCUGAUAGUGCACGACGUGUACGGAGAGGAUGCUGAUGAGUACGUGUGUAAGGCAUCCAACAGAGGAGGCUCAAGAAGCAGCAGGGGAUCACUGGAGAUCAGAUCUGCACCAAAGAUCCAUGUACCACCCCGCUUCCAAGAUGUGUGCACAUUUGAGAAGGGUGAGACUGUGUUCCUGAAGAUCCCAUUCACGGGUAACCCUAAGCCAACUGUGAGCUGGAUUAGGGAUGGAGAACCUCUGAGAGGAUCUCGCUUUACACAGGAAGUCACAGAGCGUCAUGCCAUGCUCAGUAUAAAAGGAGCCACCAAAGAGGAUGACGGACCGUACAGACUACAGCUUGAGAAUGAUCUGGGAACAGACUCUGCCAUCUUAAAGCUUCAGAUUAAUGAUCGCCCUGAUGCUCCACGCUUCCCCGUGGUGGAGAACAUUCGUGAUGACUCUGUGGUUCUCUCCUGGAAGCCCCCGCUGAAUGAUGGAGGCAGCUUUAUUACAGCAUAUGUGGUGGAGAAGAGAGAGCCUCCCUCCAACAACUGGACAAGGGUUGCUUCUACCAGGUUUGCGUACCACAACAUCACAGGGUUAUCUCCCUCUAAGGAGUACGAGUUCCGUGUGAUGGCAGAAAACUUCUAUGGGCGUAGUGAUCCAUGCGAGGCCACCGCUACCAUCAAGACUGAUGAACCAGAGGAGGUGAAGAAGAAGAAACAGCUUGAAGAUGAAUUUGGCAGAAAGAUCAGGUCGAAAUACGAUGGGCCUAAGAUUCACGACUACGAUAAAUUCUAUGAAGACAUCUGGAAGAAAUACAAGCCACAGCCAGUGGAGGUCAGACAAGGGGAUGUCAAUGACUACUAUGAUAUUUUGGAAGAAUUGGGAAGUGGUGCUUUCGGUGUUGUACAUCGUUGUGUUGAGAAGAAGACAGGCCGUGUGUUUGUGGCCAAGUUCAUCAAUACCCCAUACCCACUGGACAAGUACACAGUGAGGAAUGAGAUCAGUGUGAUGAACCAGCUGCACCACCCCAAGCUCAUCAACCUCCAUGAUGCUUUCGAGGAUAAAUACGAGAUGGUCCUCAUCCUCGAAUUCUUGUCAGGUGGGGAGUUGUUUGACAGAAUUGCAGCUGAGGAUUACAAGAUGUCAGAGGCUGAGGUGAUCAACUACAUGAGACAAGUCUGUGAGGGCCUUAAACACAUGCAUGAGAACAGCAUUGUCCAUCUCGAUGUUAAGCCUGAGAAUGUUAUGUGUGAGACAAACAAGAGCACAAAUGUCAAGUUAAUAGACUUUGGUUUGGCUACCAAGUUGAAUCCGGAGGAGAUAGUGAAAGUGACAACUGCCACAGCAGAGUUCGCUGCCCCUGAGAUUGUGGACCGGGAACCUGUGGGUUUCUACACUGACAUGUGGGCAGUUGGCGUUCUGGCUUACGUUCUGUUGAGUGGCUUAUCUCCAUUUGCUGGUGAGGACGAUCUGGAGACUCUACAGAAUGUGAAGAGGUGUGACUGGGAGUUUGACAGGGAUGCUUUCAGUAAUGUCUCCCCAGAGGCUCAAGACUUUAUCAAAUCUCUUCUCCUCAGACAACCACAGAAGAGAAUGACUGUCCAUGAUGCUCUUGAACAUGAAUGGCUUAAGGUCAGUAAAUUUUAA